AUGGAGUCAGCCUACACAACUUCCACCACUCCACCAGUCGUCGACAUCACCAACAAGUCCGGCAACUAUGGUGCUUACCCCGACACACCAUACUCUCCUCCCCAGAUCGACCCCUGCGAGCGUUCACUGCACCACACUAACCGCAGUCAGUACUCUCGAGAUGAAUUUCACCACAAGCAGUGGUUCGUGACCAGUAGUGCCUACCUACGUGAAUGUUACGCCGAAUUCCUCGGCACCUUUGUCAUGAUCUCCUUCGGCAUGGGUGUCAAUAAUCAAGUCGUACUCUCGAAGGAAAAAGAAGGCACCUGGCUCAGUAUCAACAUGGCGUGGGGUAUCGCCGUGCUCAUGGGUGUAUACUGCUCAGAAGGAGUGAGCGGUGCUCACCUGAACCCAGCCGUUACACUUGCUCACGCCGUAUACGGUCGUCUUCCUUGGCGUAAGAUGCCUGGCUACGUCGUCUCGCAAUUCAUCGGAGCUUUCGUUGGUGCGUUUGCGAUCUACCUGCUCGACUACGAGCGUCUACACAAGGCUGAUCCAGAUAAAGAGACCAUGUUCCACAACUUCGCCACCCACCCGAACCCGGAGAUCUCCAACCUUACAGCGUUCUACACAGAAGCUCUGGCUACCGGAAUGCUCUUGCUUUGCGUGUAUGCUAUUACGGACCAGCGCAACCGUUCACCUGGUACCGUCGGUACUCCGUUCGCUUUUGCACUCAUGAUCAUGGCGCUCGGAAUGAGUUUCGGUAUGAACACAGGAUACGCGAUGAACCCAGCCCGAGACUUCAGUCCUCGCCUGCUUACCUUCUUCGCUGGCUACGGUACCAAGGUCUUCACGGAAAAGAGCUACUACUUUUUGGUCCCAAUGUUCGCGCCGCUAAUCGGAGGAGUCAUCGGCGCGGGUGCGUAUGAGAUCCUUGUGCAAGUGCAGCACCCGCACGACCCAUCCGAGUACUUCUGA